AUGACGCUUUUCAGAGUUUUUGCAGCCACAUUUCUUCUUGUUUCACUCGUUGUGCUCAAUUCACCAACGUUUGCAGUCGGUCACACGAGCAACAACCCCUUUGGGUUCAUCCAUCGACUAGAAGGUUCCCGCAGAGGCCAAUCCAUUGAAGGGCUCCGUGACGCGAAACAUUACCUUCAAAAAUUUGGAUACUACCUCAAUGACGACCACAAGGACACCAACGUAGCCACCACGACGACGCACCAAAACGACGACGAAUUCGAUGAGUUCCUAGAGGCCGCAAUCAAGCGAUAUCAGCUAACUCACCGCAUCCCGGUCUCGGGGGCGCUGGACCGUGCCACGACAGCCCAAAUGAUGAUCCCUAGGUGCGGCGUUUCGGACCAUGGCCUUGUUGUCAUGACCGUAUUAUUAGCUGAGGACCAAAACAAGUCCGAGGAUUAUAGAUUCUUCAAAGGUAAACCGAAGUGGAACAAGAACCACCUCCGGUACAAGUUCCCCAAAAGCAACCCUCCUGCCGGUUUGAAGGAAGCCACCAUCAAGGCCGCCGUGGCCCGAGCGUUCCGGAGCUGGGAGAAUGUGACGGAGCUCACGUUUGAGAAUGUUGGCGGCAGAGCCAAGGCUGACAUGCAAAUUUCGUUUUAUUCUCGCGACCACGGAGACGGGUUUCCAUUCGAUGGGCCUAACGGGACCACGGCCCAUGCUUUCCAGCCACGUUAUGGACGUCUCCAUUACGACGCGGAUGAGAAAUGGAGCGAUGAUCCAAGCCCAAUGGAAAUGGAUCUGGAGUCAAUUGGGGUGCAUGAGAUUGGACAUACAUUAGGGCUUCUUCACAGCGACGACGAGGCGGCGAUCAUGUACCCUUACUUGAAUUAUGGGCAAAUCAAGCGGAAAUUACAGAGCGCGGAUGUCAAGGGCAUACGUAAACUCUACGGGCUGCCUUGA